GCGUCCUUCUAAACUUGUCAGAUUAUAGUCACAUUUUUGCGGUUAGUUUUCGAGACAAGAUGAGAAAAACAAAAAUAACUCAAUCAUCCCUUUAAAGAUUUCAAGUCGAAAACUCAUUUUCCAUUAAUCCUAAACAUGUCUGUGGUUAUCGAGACCACACUUGGGGACAUUACAGUCGAUUUGUAUUUGAUAGAACGGCCCAGGGCUUGUUUGAACUUCCUCAAGCUGUGUAAGUUCAAGUACUACAACUUCAACUUGUUUCACACAAUCAGCAGAGGCUUUAUUGCUCAAACUGGAGAUCCGACUGGAACCCGCACAAAGGGAGAAUCGAUUUUUGGAGUGAUAAGUGGCCCUUCCAAAAGGUAUUUUGCUGCUGAAACCGAACCUAGAAUUAAACACACUCGAGCCGGCCUAAUUUCCUUUGUAGGAAGUGAGGAUAACAUGAUCGGUUCCCAAUUCUUUGUUACAUUAGGCGCUGAUCUCACGUACUUAGAUCCAAAGCACUGCGUUUUUGGAGAAAUUGUGGAAGGUCUCGAUAUUUUGGAGAGCAUAAACGAAGUAAUUUGCGACAAGGAUGAUCGGCCUUACCAAGAUGUUCGGAUCACUCAUACGGUGGUAUUGGACGAUCCAUAUCCUGAUCCCGAUGGAUUCCGGGCGCCUUCCAGGUCACCGUCACCCAGCGCCGAAAGGCUGGCCGGAGGCAGAAUUGCCCCAGAUGAGGAAAUUGACGAGACCUCCGGUAGAUCGGCUCAAGAAGUUGCGGAAAUGCAGGCAGAACGAGAGGCUAAAGCAAGAGCCACAAUAUUGGAAAUGGUGGGCGACAUUCCGGAUGCCGAUAUGGCGCCUCCAGAAAAUGUGUUGUUCGUUUGCAAACUAAACCCUGUGACAUCGGACGAUGAUUUGGAGAUCAUAUUCAGCCGAUUUGGAAAAAUCAAAUCUUGCGAAGUGAUAAGAGACCGAAAAUCGGGCGAUUCGCUUCAGUACGCUUUCAUUGAGUUUGAGGAACAAAAGGCUUGUGAAGAUGCCUAUUUUAAAAUGGGCAAUGUGCUGAUAGACGACAGAAGAAUACAUGUGGAUUUCAGCCAAAGUGUCUCUAAAGUGAAGUGGUUGGGAAAGGGCAGGGGCGUGAGGCAUUAUGAUGAGAAGGGUAAUCGAAGCAAAUUGGCCAAUCAGGAUAUUGGUAACGGCAACUAUACUGUUAAGAAUCGCUCUGACAGAGAUCAAGUGGAUAGAAAAGAAAGAAGGCGAAGCAGAUCUCCAUUGAGACACAGGCAAGAUAGAUCGCCGAUACAUGACUCGAAUAGAAGAACCAAAUCCAGAAGGAAAAGCAGGUCCCCGCAUCGAAAUAGAAAAAGGAGCGUCUCAUCCGACAGUGAUACAUAUGAGAAUGAGAGGCGGAAGAGGAACAUGUCUCCACGUAGAGACAAGAGGUAUUACAGCUCUUCACAGCGGAGACGAAGCCGCUCUAGAUCACGAACCAAUGCGAGGCAUGAUAAUGGACGCUCCUCAAAAACCUCUUCAAGCAGAAGCUACAGAUCCCCUAAGCGAGAGAGUAGGAAAUCCACAAAGGAUCAUAAGUAAAAACAUUUGUUAAUUGUACGAUUUUCGUAAGUGCGUGUUAAUAAAAAUGUGAAACAAU